AAUACCACGUAAUGCCCUGGUUAGAUAGCCAGUGGAUCAUUAGAGUCACAGAAUGGGUGCCAGAGGAAGAAAAGAGCAGUCGAGGAUGGCAGAAAAUUAGGUGGGGAAGGAAACUAAGAAAUUUGCAGGCGCAAGUUGCAUUCAGCUAGCGCAAAGACAAGCUUAAAUGAACAGCGCUGGGAGAGACCUUCUCCCUGCAGUAGCCAUAAAGGUAAGCUGCUGCUGCAUUAGCUCCUGAUGAUGACAACGAUCUUCAUUAUAACAUGCUUUUCUGUACAUGUAUGAACAGUUACAACCAACUGGUCGUAUUCAGGAAUUCUCAAAGUAGUUACUUGUGCGCAAGUUUUUUUUUUUUUUUUGUCACAGGUAAACUACCGAAAACGCAAGUAUUUCUCACAGUGGACGUGCGACAUGUAACGCACAUUUUCUUUUUUUAAGCUCCUCCGUUUUGUAAUCACGGAUAGAAGUUCACCUGCAUUUGACGUGCACGUUUCUCAGUAAUGGAGGUUGUUCUUCUUGUGCGUAGUCCUAACUUUGUUCUUCGUGCCAGAACAAAAUGCAUUUCUACAUAUUGGAUGUACUUUGCCUGAGCUAGAGUAACCUUGGAUGCACGUUCUCAAUUAAGGCCUCAGCGGAACAAUAACAUAUGUAGGCUAAAAAACAUCCCUUCUAGUUAUUUCCAACCGUCAACUUCAAUAAUAAUAUGGGGCAAGCGUGCCGUGCACAAGAUGACAUCGACGUGCAUCAACCAAACUUACGGUGCGGAGCAGAUAGCUAUUGCGGCGCAAACGCAUUAUUACUAAAUACUCUCGCCACACUGCUGCCGCAGCGAGCAACGACUGGUGAGAGGCAGCUCCCUUCGCUUUCUCCCUCGACAGGAAGGAACCUCGCAGCUGCGAGCAUAACCGCCCGGCAGUUGACGACGUAGCAUCGCGAAUGUGGAUCACUCCGCUCUUGAAACGACGCCAACGCAGUGCGAGCAACGAUCCUGCACGCAACGCUAAAAGUCUAAAAAGUACCUACCCGCACUUUUUAAGCUUUGGAGGAGCUGGCCUUGGCUGCACGACGGUGCCUGGACUACGACGCAUGCCCGACAAACUUGGCCUGGUCAUCGCUGACACCAUAAGCGCCACAAGCUGCAUGAAAGAGCCGCGCCACGCCCGGGACACGUGACGACUGCACCUUAUAAGAGACCGCACCGGACCAGUGGAGGACACUUGGCAGCAGUGGCAGCGUGCGUGUACAGCGUAGUCUCCCUUCAGCACUUUGCAGACCAACGUGGUCAUGAUCGGCGGAGUGUCCGCAACACUGAAGAUAGGCGCCGCCGUCACGCUGGUGGCUCUGGGUUGGACCGAACUGCUCCGGCGCGACACGGUGGCUUCUCGGCGAACCAGAGGGGCUACGCUCCUGGAUAUCGCACACCUGGUACUCACUCUAGCAUCAGCCGUCGCCUACACUCUCAGAACAUCUGUCUACUGCGAUGAAGCACAUUGCGUUUGCGUCGACGCUAUCGUAGACCUCGUCAUGUGCAUCACACUUAUUCUUCUGUUCACGUUGUCGCUGUACAGAUUUCUGUGUGCUCAGUACACUUCUGGAUUUGUGUUUAUUAUCCUUGUCGUGAUUUGCCUAGCAACUGCUACUGAAUUCCUGGCAAUGAAGCUGCGAGUGUUCCAGGAUCUUCAGAUUGCUGCCGGAUUUUCAUCAAUCGCGACCACACUGCACAUCACUGCGUUCUUAUUGUGUGCAUCAACGGGAAAUAUGGUAAUCUACGCUUUGAGAGACACCGUGGUCGUUUGUCCGUCAUUGCCCAAGUGCAUUGUACCAGAAGACGAAGAAGCCAAGUCUCCGGUGGGCGUGUUUUUCGUCGUCAGUAUGUACAGGAGCUUGAGGACUCUAAUCAUUUCGAAGACGGUGGAUCUAAGCGAAAUACCUAAACUCAGUAAAAGCAUGAUCUGCACGCCUGCUAUUAAAGAAGCUUACCGCUGGUCGGUAAAAGGGGGACGCACCAAGAAGGAGAGCAGUUUCAUCCAUUCGGUCUGCGGGGCAGUGUGGCUGGACGCCUUCUGGGUGGUGAUCACUCACCUGGGCUACUACGCGUGCCUCACGGCAAGGAGCGUCGUUUUAGAGAGCCUCAUCGCUGGCACGGGGAGCCUGCCGUCCAUGGCGCUGCUGUUCGUGGCCACCUGUGUCGGAGAGGCUUCGCUCACGUGCUGCAUGAACCACCUGUGCUCUGCGUUCAGUGAGCGCUUUCAGCUGCUCAUGCAGGGAGCCGUCUUCGCCAGGAUGCUGCAUCAUUCGGCGACCACCUGCCGGUUGAAUCCUCCGGGCUACAUUAUGUCUGUGUUCAGCGUGGACUGCACAACGUUGUCUUUCAGCGUCUCACUGAUCCCGAUGCCGGCAGCUGGUCUGCUCGUCAUGCCGCUGAUAUUCUACAUGCUUGUCCGACGGGUCGGCAUAGAAGCCGCCAUGGCUUGUGCCGUGUGGCUUCUGCUCACCAUCGCAGCACUCGGAUUCCUCCUCGCAAGACUGCGUGCUGUCGAGCGAGUGAGCCUGCAAAAGCGUGACGAGCGACUAAAGCGCGUGCUCGAGCUCCUAAACUCCAUUCGCACCGUGAAGAUGUACGCAUGGGAGCGAAACCACGCCAAAGUCCUGCAUGCACUCAGGUCGGAGGAGCUGCGCUGCGUUCUCAAGGUAGACAUCAUCAGCGGAGUACUCGAGGCAUUCACUGGCGCUGCUGGUUCCCUGCUCACAAUAAUCAUGUACACCACGCUGUGGCUGCUGCAACCCGCACGGACGCUGAGUGCUUCAGAAUCCUUCUCCAGCGUCUACCUUCUCUCCCUCGUUGAAGCGUUCCUGAACAGCCUGCCUCUUCUCAUGAUCAUGACGAACAGGAUGGAGAGAUCUCACAAGGCACCAGAGUGGGUGAGGCCGCCAGAGGAGCAGCACUUGCGUCGUAAGGCAUGA